AUGGCCUCGACCUCGAUCCUCCGCACCGUCGCCCGCGGGCCCUCGACCGCCUUCUUCCGCGCCUACCGCCCCGUCGCCCCCAGCCGCGCUGGCCUCGUCGUCCCGGCCCUGAUUGCCGGCUCGAGCCUCAACUUCAGCACCACCGUCGCCCGCCGCAGCGACCCGCACGCCGAGGAGACCUUUGAGGAGUUCACUGCCAGAUACGAGAAGGAAUUCGAGGGCGUGCAAGAUGUUUUCGAGCUGCAGCGCAACUUGAACAACGCCUUCGCCUACGAUCUCGUCCCCUCCCCCUCAGUCAUCAUCGCCGCCCUCAAGGCCGCCCGCAGAGUCAACGACUACCCCACCGCCGUGCGCAUCUUCGAGGGCAUCAAGGCCAAGGUCGAGAACAAGGGCCAGUACCAGCAGUACCUCGACGAGCUCAAGCCCCUGCGCGAGGAGCUCGGCGUCCUGCUGAAGGAGGACCUGUACCCGGAGCAGGCCAAAUAA